AAAUUCUUCAGUAGACAAGAUUGAAUAAGACAAGACCAUAAAGAAAAAAAAAACAUGAAACACAUUUCUUGAAAUCCUUUUUUCCCCAUGCUUGUCCUAUUAUUACCUACCUGAAAAGUGAAAAACUGGUAACUUCUAUACACAAAAAAAUAAGAUAUACAUAUACCCUUUAGUUAGUUCAUCUCACCACAGUAAAAAAAAAAUAAAAAAAUUGAAUUUUUCAAAAUGGGGUUAAAGAAUUGAAUCAUAUUGUUCAAAUUUUGUUUUUAUUUCACUUAAAUUUCUGCAGAAAAUAGCAUAGUGGAACUACUUUUGCCAUGUCUUCUUGUAAUAUUCUUUGUAGUUACCAGUUUUAUAGUUCUUGUAAUAAUGUCAAACCCCACAUUGGUUCUUUUAAAAAUAGCAACUUUUCUCAAUCUUGGUCAAAUAGGACACAUGGUUCAUCUUAUUUUCACAAGAAUUCUCAGCUUGGUAGAAACAAUUUUGUUAUUGUUAAGGCUUCAGAUUCAACAACUAGCAGAAAACAAGUAGAGAUAACAUAUAACCCUGAAGAGAAGUUCAAUAGAUUAGCUGAUGAAGUGGAUAGGGAGGCUGGGCUAUCAAGACUUACUCUUUUUUCUCCUUGUAAGAUAAAUGUUUUCUUGAGAAUAACAGGCAAGAGGGACGGCGGAUAUCAUGAUUUGGCAUCUCUCUUUCAUGUAAUUAGUCUAGGAGAUAAAAUAAAGUUCUCGUUGUCACCAUCGAAGUCAAAGGAUCGUUUAUCUACUAAUGUUGCUGGAGUUCCACUUGACGAGAGAAAUUUGAUUAUAAAGGCCCUCAAUCUUUACAGGAAAAAAACUGGAACAGACAAACACUUUUGGAUUCAUCUUGAUAAGAAGGUGCCAACUGGAGCUGGUCUUGGUGGUGGGAGCAGUAAUGCUGCAACAACCCUGUGGGCAGCAAAUCAAUUCAGUGGUUGUAUUGCCUCCGAAAAGGAGCUCCAAGAGUGGUCCGGUGAGAUUGGUUCCGACAUUCCGUUCUUUUUCUCUCAUGGAGCAGCCUACUGUACGGGUAGGGGUGAGGUUGUUCAAGAUAUCCCAUCGCCCAUACCAUUUGACAUUCCAAUGGUUCUCAUAAAGCCUCAACAGGAAUGCUCUACUGCUGAAGUUUACAAGCGUUUUCAGUUGGAUCUGUCUAGUAAGGUUGAUCCCUUGAGCUUGCUGGAGAAGAUAUCAACUAGUGGAAUAUCUCAAGAUGUGUGUGUCAAUGAUUUAGAACCUCCCGCCUUUGAAGUUCUUCCAUCUCUUAAAAGGUUAAAACAGCGAGUAAUUGCUGCAGGCCGAGGACAAUAUGAUGCAGUCUUCAUGUCUGGAAGUGGAAGCACUAUAGUAGGGGUUGGCUCUCCAGACCCACCACAAUUUGUCUACGACGAUGAAGAAUACAAGGAUGUCUUCUUGUCAGAAGCUAGUUUCAUCACUCGACCAGCAAAUCAGUGGUAUGUGGAACCUGUUUCAGGUAGCAAUUGUGGUGAUCAACCUGAGUUCUCCACAUCUUUUGGUUAAUAUGCUCUGUCAAGCUAGACUAGAUGAUAGGUAAAGGGGGCAAAUGGGUGAGUUGGAUCAAAACUGGUCAAAUCGAUAAACACGUCAUGAUCCUACCUAGCUAAAGUUUGCUUGGGUCAAGAUGGGUCAAAGAAAGGGUUUAAGUCCAACCGCGGAAUAUGAGCCAACCUCCCUUCUUUCUAUUUUGCUUUUUGGAAAAAAAGAAGUGAAAGGUAAUGUAUUUCUUUUCAAUUAUUAGCCACGUUCUUUCAAAUUUACAUAAUCCUCAAUCUCCAAACUUGAUUUUGUAUGCUUUGUAUGCUUAGAUUUGACAGCAUAUUAAACCAUCGGGUUACACUAUUUUGACC